GUGCUUAAUAUUGUAGUUCAUCCUAUUUUGAAAAUGCCUGCUGGGCUCUGAAGUUCAAGCCUUAACUGUUUUAGCAAUGGAGAGAAAAAGGCACCAUGAAGAAGCAAGCAGCGAAUCUGAUGAUGAGAAUUAUGUGCCCUAUGUGCCACUUAAAGAAAGACGGAAAAAUGAGAUUUUAAAAGUCACUAAGAAGCUUGGCCGAGCUGGCAGACUUCUUCAAGAAGAGGAAAAGAAGGAGAGCACAGAUGAUGGUGGGAUGCAAGAUGAAGAAGAAGAGAUCCAGGUUGGUCCUAAUGCCAACAUGAGUCUGCUGGACCAGCACAGUGAACUUAUUAAGAAGGCAGAAGCUAAAAAGGAAUCAGCAAGAGAAAAAUUAUUAAAAGAAGAAGAAAGAAUAUUAGAAAGUGUUGCUGAAAAUAAAGCUCUCAUGGGUGUGGCAGAAUUAGCUAAAGGAAUCCAAUAUCAGGAUCCAAUAAAAACUGGAUGGACUCCGCCUCGUGCUAUUUUGGCAAUGCCAAAGGAAAGGCACCAACGUAUGCGAAAAAAGAUGGAAAUUCUUGUUGAGGGAGAAGACAUUCCUCCUCUCUGUAUCACAUUCAAGGAAAUGAAGUUCCCACACAUUAUUUUGAAAGCACUGAAGAAAAGAGGAAUAGAAAAACCAACCCCAAUACAGAUGCAAGGUAUCCCAGUUGUAUUAAUGGGCCGAGACAUGAUUGGUAUUGCAUUCACAGGUUCUGGAAAAACUCUGGUAUUUGCAUUACCUAUUAUCAUGUUUUGCCUUGAACAAGAGAAAAGAUUACCAUUUGUGAAAAACGAAGGACCAUAUGGACUCAUUGUCUGUCCAUCACGUGAACUGGCCAAACAGACAACAGAAAUUAUCAAUUUCUUUAGCAGACAUUUAGUGGAAGAUGGUUACCCUGCAUUGAAGUGUUUGAUGUGCAUUGGAGGAAUGGCCAUCAAAGAGCAGUUAGACAUGAUAAAACAGGGUGUCCACAUUAUUGUUGCCACUCCAGGCAGACUAAUGGACAUGUUGGAAAAGAAGAUGGUUAAUUUGGAUAUUUGCCGAUACCUUUGCUUGGAUGAAGCUGACAGGAUGAUUGAUAUGGGAUUUGAAGAGGACGUCAGGACAAUUUUCUCAUAUUUUAAGGGCCAGAGGCAGACAUUGCUAUUCUCAGCCACUAUGCCCAAAAAAAUCCAAAACUUUGCCCGCAGUGCCCUGGUUAAACCAGUAACUGUCAAUGUGGGUCGCGCUGGAGCUGCCAGCUUGAAUGUGACACAGGAGGUAGAGUUUGUGAAGAAUGAGGCAAGAAUGGUCUAUUUAUUGGAGUGUUUGCAGAAAACACCACCACCUGUAUUGAUAUUUGCUGAAAAGAAACAAGAUGUGGAUGCUAUUCAUGAGUACUUGUUGCUAAAAGGGGUGGAGGCUGCAGCCACCCAUGGCAGCAAAGAUCAAGAAGAGCGCUCAUGGGCUGUUGACCAGUUCAGAAAAGGUGCCAAAGAUGUCCUGGUGGCUACAGAUGUGGCUUCCAAAGGUUUAGAUUUCCCUGACAUACAACAUGUCAUCAAUUAUGAUAUGCCAGAAGACAUUGAAAAUUAUGUUCACAGAAUAGGUCGAACAGGCAGGUCUGCAAAUAGAGGGGUGGCAACUACUUUCAUCAGCAAGGCCUGUGAUGAAUCCACCUUACUUGAUCUGAAGUACCUGCUGAUUGAAGCUAAGCAGAAAGUUCCACCAUUCCUGGCUCAAUUGGAGGCUGAAAGUGAGAAAUAUCUAGAAAUUGGAGGCGAAGUUGGUUGUUCAUACUGUGGAGGACUGGGUCACAGAAUUACAGAUUGUCCAAGACUGGAAGCUGUUCAGAACAAAGCUGCACAGAACAUAGGCAGGAAGGACUAUUUGGCCUCAAAUGCUGCAGACUGGUAGCACCUCAAGGGAAUUCCAAUUCAUUUCAAGGGAGAUGGCCUAGAUAUAAUACUUAUGACUCUGAAGGCAUUGUAUUUGCCCCUGGGACAGGCCCCAUACACACAAGCUAAGGCAAAUAGCAUUGGUAAAGUGAAGUUGGGACAGCGAGAAAAUUUAGAUGCGUCUGAUUCUGCUAAUUAAGAAAGAUUAUGACAAACCCGAAACAAGCGGACCAGUUACUAUGCAAUGUAAAAUGACUGGAGACAGUUGUAUGGCAAAAACCAAUCUUUAAAGCCUGAUUUUGGUCUUAACAAACCCUUUGUAGUAAAGGUUUUUCACAGCUGGAACUGGUAACUUAGUGCACAUCCCCACUUUUGAUGUAGUUACCUGUGUAUUAACUGUUACUGUUAAUAUAUCGUUUUACAUUUUUUAAACAAAUGCUGAACAUUUAAGUCACUUUUCAAACUAACCACAAUAUAGUUGAAAGGUAAAGUAGAACAGUUGUUAGUGGGAAACUAGUAAAUUAGAUAUGGAUUUACUUAAGUGUAAUGUGCACUGCCGAAUGUGCACAAAUUGUUGCAUCAAAAAUCAUUCAAGUCACCAAAUCAGGGUUACUAGAAAUGUCAAUUCUAAAAUUCUACAACUUUUUAAGCAAUCACACACAUUUUGUUAGCAAUUUUUCCAAUUUCUGUGGAUUGGCACAAAUUUCAUUGGCUUAUCUCAGCUUUUUUGUAAGCCAGGCAUGUGAUGAAGCUCUACUUAUGAAAGAAAUCUCACAUCAUUGCAGUUUUAUUGCAACCAAUCAAACAUCUUUCUAACAGAUCUUACUCAAGCCC